GCCGCGCGGCGAUACAAUAGUCACUUGGAGGGAGGAAGAUUUUCCACGAAACGCGGCGGAUUGAAGCGAGAGCUGCAGUAAAAUGUCUAAGUCCGAGGUUCUGAGAGGUUUUGUUACUGAGAGACUCGCCGCCGCCUCCCAGGAAAUCUUAGCGGCCGUGGACGGACUCGUAGCCGGAUACGAGGAGGAGGCGUCGGGCUUCAGACAGGAGAUCGACCGGCAGAGGAGACUACUGGAGGUUGUCCUGCAGCCUCGGGUCAUACUCAACACAGCCGGUGUGAAGCGCAGCAGGAGACUCCGCCAUGAUGAAGAGGAUAACGAAGAUGAGUACGACAAGAAUCUAGAUAUGAAUAACAGAACUCCAUCAAGGUCUUUUUCCUCCAGAGGUCAGUAUUUGCAGAGGAAGCACAGCGGACCUCAGAUCAGUGAAACUCAGAACCUAGUGGACCUCAGGAUCCGAUUCCAGGAGAACCCACAGACCGAAAUACCUUCAAAAGAAAAUGUUCAGUAUCUGUUCCUGAUUAAAGAAGAGGUUCCCCUUGAGUUGAGCCCUCGUCUGGAUCAGGAGGAACCAGCGAACCCACCUCUUAAAGAGGAACAGGAGGAACUCCGGACCAGUCAGGAGGGAGAACAGCUUCAAAGGUUGGAGGAGGCUGAUGAUGCCAAGGUCCCACUCACUCCUGUCCAUGUGAAGAAUGAAGAUGAUGAGGAGAAACCUCAGUCUUCACAGCCUCAUCGAAGCCGAACUGAAGAGAGCAGAGAGGCAGAGCCUCCGUCCAGCAGCUCAGCUCAGCAGAUGGAAACAGAGGCUGAUGGAGACGACUGUGGAGGAUCUGAACCAGACAGGAACUUAGAUCCACAUGGUCAUCUUCAACCAGACACAGAUGAAGAGGCCACAGAGUCCUCCGAGACUGAAGACAGUGACAUUGAUUGGAAGGAAACCAAAGCAAGAUUUAAGGGACAGACGAAUCUUAGGUGGCACACCAACGCCCAUACAGGAGAGAAACCAUUUGUUUCUGAUGUUGGUGGGAAAGAAUCCUACCAACAGCAUCAUGUCACAGCGGACGUGAAAGUCCAUACAGGAGAGAAACCAUUUGGUUGCACUGUUUGUGGGAAGGGAUUUAAGGGGAAGAGGAAUCUUACUAAGCACAUUAGAAUCCAUACAGGAGAGAAACCAUUUGGUUGCACUGUUUGUGGGAAGGAAUUUAAGGGGAAGAGGAAUCUUACUAAGCACAUUAGAAUCCAUACAGGAGAGAAACCAUAUUAUUGUGAUGUUUGCGGGAAAAGAUUUCACCGACAGGAUCAUCUUACGGUGCACACAAGAGUCCAUACAGGCGAGAAACCAUUUGGUUGUGAUGUUUGUGGGAAAAGAUUUAACCAACAGCAACAUCGUAAGAUGCACAUGAGAGUACAUACAGGAGAGAAACCGUUCAGUUGCAGUCUUUGUGGGAAAAGAUAUCCACGACAGGGCGAACUUACGGUGCACCAGAGAGUCCAUACAGGAGAGAAACCAUUUGGUUGUGAUGUUUGUGGGAAAAGAUUUCAUAGACAGUGGCUUUUUAAGGUUCACAUGAGAGUUCAUACAGGAGAGAAACCUUUGAAUUGAAGUUUUUGUGGUGAACAAUUUAUGUAUCGUUCAACCAGCGUUAACCAUAUGAAGACAUGUAAACACAAGUAUGUUACUGAGGGCAGCAGCAGUAACUGAAGCUUCACAGUUGCUGGUUGAAAUGAACUGGAAGACCUCAUCACAGCAUCAUUGAAAUGCAGAGCAUAGGUAACAUUCACCGGUGAAAUUUGUAUGAAAGUGUAUCACAAGUCAACGGUAUUGUUCUAUGUCAUUCUUACACGUUUGUAUUUUUCUAUUGUUUAACUGGGUUUCAUUAUUGCCCAUAUCUAUCUGUAUACUAAAUUAUUUUGUCAUUGUGACAGUCUGAGUUUAUGUAUUUUUGUUUGAGAAAUAAAUUCAGACUUAAUUUAUUUCAGUUACUGAUGAAACAAGUUGUAACUGUACAAUAUUGUUGUAUUGCUUUGAGACUUUGGGUGAUGGCUGGAUGUUGAAGUGUUUUCCCAAUCAAGGGGAGAAGAUUUUGUACAUUUAGUUGAUGAUUUAAAUGUAGUACUUGUAAUAAUUUUUACAUUGUUGUAUUAUUACUUUUAAUAAAAUUAAGAAUACUUUUUCCUCCACAUUUUCACAAAAUAGGGUACGGUACAGUUUAGCAAAACUGUUCAAACAAAAAGUAAAAGAAUAGUAAAAUUUAGUGACCCUCUCAUUUUUCUCAAAUAUCUAAUUUCACUCUACAUAAAACAUAAUGGUGUUUUACAAAGACCGCAUAUUUGUCAAGUACCCAGGUACAGGUGAUGAUUUGUGGAGUGAGUUUCAAGGUAAAUAUAUUAUAAAACAGCUGUUUCAUAGCAAUAAGGCAAAUGUCUGGCUGAUCUGAUAGGAUGACGGCUGCAUCACUCCUGCUUAAAUAUUGGUUAGCACAAGUGGUGCAGGGCGCCUUUUUCCUUAUUAACAGAUCUACAGUGCAGAAUGAAUUGUGGUUGGAAUGACACUGUUAUUAACUUUUUAUUAGAUUUUCAAAUAUUCAACAAUACAGAAAGGGCAGAGGUUAAACCCUGUUAAACAAUAAAAUGAAAUACAAAUGUAAAUUAAUAAGGAUAUUACAGUUAACUUGUGUUACACUUUUAUUAAAACAAUAACAUUUCACUGCAACUCUCCGCUGUGUCCGCUGCGUCUCUCCUCAUCACGGUAACUACAGC